CGGCAAACAAAUUUUAUAAAUCAUUAGAAACUAGCUAUUUAUGGAAAUCCAAUUUUGAUCGCCCAGAGCUUUUUAUGACGUUUUUGCAAAAGUCGAUAAUAUUGGAGCAACAAUAAAAUGUUCAAAAGCAAAAACGAAUGUAAUGUUGUGUAUAAGUGCACUGUUCGACUACUUGACGAUUCAGACGUUUUAGAAUGUGAAUUCCAGCCAUUCCAUAAAGGCAUUUAUCUGGUCGACCAUAUAUGUAGGCAAUUAGAUAUUAAAGAAAAGGACUAUUUCGGUUUACGUUACGUUGAUACAGGAAAACAACGGCACUGGCUCGACUUGGCCAAAUCCAUCUUAAAACAAUGUAAAGACAUAGACCCAGUGCUUUUUUCCCUACGAGUUAAAUUCUAUCCUGCGGAUCCAUUUCGUCUCACUGGUAAUGGCCGAAUCAUGCUCUUCCAGCAGUUGAAACGGGACCUACGUCAUGGUCGAUUAUACUGUUCGUUGGGUGAGGCUGCCGCAUUGGGAGCAUUAAUCGUUCAGGAGGAACUUGGGGAUUAUGAUGAGGUUAUUCACAUAGGCGAGUAUGUGUCAUCCCUUGACUUGGCCUUGCGUCAAACUGAGAAUCUCGAAAAGAAAAUCAUUGAGCUGCACAAAAAACGUAAGCCUGGCCAAGAUCCCUCAGUUGCUAUGGAUGAGUUUAUGGGUAUAGCACGGGGUCUUGAGACUUAUGGCAUUGAUCCACAUCCCGUCAAGGAUCAUCGUGGCUCGUUGCUAUACGUAGGUAUUAAUCAUGCCGGCAUCAGCACUUAUGUCGCAGGUAAACGCUCUCAGCAUUUUCGUUGGAACGAAGUGCAUAAAAUUAACUUUGAGGGCAAAAUGUUUAUUGCACAUUUGAGUUUUACGGAUUCAAGUCGGGAACCGAAAAAACAUACUAUUGGAUUUAAGUGCCCUUCAGGACCUGCAUGUCGUUAUCUUUGGCGAUGCGCCAUCGAACAAAUGCUUUUUUUCACAUUGCCGAAUAGCCAACAUGCUGCAGUUGUUUCUGGCGGCGGUUUCUUUUCCUGGGGCACCAAGUUCCGUUAUACUGGCAGAACUGAACGCGAGAUAUUGACUGAGAGCAUCAAUGCUUUACGUGAACAAAAGAUGACGAAUUCAAGUUCCAGUAAGCGGAAGGCAAGCAGUGUGCCAGCAACUCCUUCCAGUCCACAGGGUGACUUGGCGCAAAUCCGUUAUAGUAGCUUGCCACGGUCUACGAUGUCCGAGCCCUUGGGUUGCUCCAUGGCUCCCAGCAUUCUCAUCUACGGAGGUCAUGGGCAGGACGUAGGUGUCAAUGGGAGUUUGCAAGUGCCAAGCUUGGAGCCAGUUUGCGAAGAGGCUCGUCUACGUUCCUCGAAUAUCGAUCGACUAAAUCACAUGGGAACAGAUUUGCCUGGCUAUGCAUUCAGAGACUCCAUUGAGCAUUCUUCGACUGAGAGUGGACUUACAGCUAGUGGCUAUGAUGUUGCUGGCAAGCCGCGUGGCAAUCAUACUGAUUCUAAGCAGCACCUUUACUAUUCGUCUAAGCAGUACUAUGCACUGCCCAAUCCCGCCUUAAAUUCGAGCUCUUCCGUCGGUAUUUCCAGUGGGAAACAUAUAGGACCAUUUUCACGCACUCACUCCAACUCCAACAGUGGCAAAAGCUUAAGAAAAUUCCAUUUAUUACAUGCCUUUAUACCAUCUGUUAUUUUUGUAAUAAUCGCGAUGACCGGCACUGCAAUCCUUAUAAUGGAAUCCGAGUUGGAAAUAUUUGAGCGUGUUCGAAACUCUCCCGAAAUGCUUAGUUUGCGGUAUCAGUAUUAUCAACCAUUAAAAGAUUUUGUAUUGGAAAAAUUCGGUCGGAAAGCUUAAUACCAAUAAUUCUGAAAUAAUUUAAUUUAAUUGUGACGACAUUUUUUUAUUUAAAUCCCCUUUUGGUAAUAUUAUAAAUCUUCUUACUUAAUUUUAUAUUAAUUACUACCAUUUCUACCAAUCCGCAUUCCAGAUAUUUCAAUAAUUCCUUAUAACAUUUUCUUAAGCAACACAAAUUUUACAAUUCAUUUUCGCCAAUUGAUUUUCCACAAAUCGCCAAUUGUGUAAUUGGUGUUAUUUGCACAUUUCGAAACAUAUCAUAUAGCUGCUAUACUAUACUACAGAAGUUUGGCUUAUUUUCUAGAAAAAUAGCAUCUAAUAUCAAUAAAUAAAAGAAACUUACAAUUAGGUUUUUUAACUGUGCAAUUCUUAAGUACAAAAAAAUCGUAUAAUAGGAGCCACAUUUAUUUCAUAAUCUCAUCUUUUAUUAUUUAUUAUAUAAUUUUGAUGUAUAUAUCAUCAAUAAGUAAGUGUAAUAAACUGUUCUAAUAGCAGCUAUAUGAUUACGGAUUAUUGUACGAUUUCGAUCACUAUAUUGAAAAUAAAUAUU